CUCCCGCGUGUAUAGAUCCCGUGCCGCUCAUAUAACCUCAUGUCUCAAAACCACACUCUAUUACUACUACCAUUUCCAACUUUCGGACCAAAAACAAGUCCAUCGAGACUGUCUCGGCAGUUUCUUUGUUUCAAACUACAGUCAUGGCUUUCGAUGCGUUCUCAUGUAAGUUGUCAUGCGGAUAUACGCCCAGAGAUGGCAUCAUCGAUAUAUCCGCGUGCGCAGGCAUGGUAUGAUAGAUAUAUCACUAAAUCUCCGAAGUACAAAAGAAAUAACUGAGGACCGCCAUUAAUAUUGGGCUCGAUAUAGUACUCUCAGCGACAGAGACUCAACAAAUGGCCUAUAAUAUGGAGCCUAGAUCUCUAAUCCCUUCAUGGUCCACCACUCCCCUUCCCAACAUAACCCUAUCAGCCAGCGGGCUUCUCGUCCUCGCCGAUCUUCGCACUAUUUCCCGUCGCACUGCCCUCACCGGCGGUGCCUCAUGGAUCGAUUCCCUUGUCCUCGCCCCUGGCUUACAUUACCAACAAGCAUGCGAUGACCUUGAACGUGAGGCACCGAUCGGCUUGAUAGCACUACCAACACAGACCCUCGGCCAGAUACAAUAUGCGGUGAAGAAUACCAUGACAGCGAGCUAUCUCAAGAGUCUAGUCAAAGAUGGCGCUGAGAAUAUCAUCACUCUGGAUGUUGGGCUGGAUACACCUUGGGAUGUGGUAAAAAUCGUGGGGAAGGUGAUUAGAAAACACAGGAUCUCAGAUGAAGAAGACGACGAUGAGGACCAUGAAGACUGGGCUUCCUUGUCCGAUGUCGACUGGCUCAGCCAUCUCCUCUACCUAAUCAGUCCCCUCAUAACAUCAACUUCCAUAGCAUUCAUGGUCAUAUUCGAAGACUGGUGGGGUCUCGCCAUUCUCCUCACUCUCAUCAGCUCUCGUAUCCUCAACAUCUGGGCCAUAAAACAACGCAUGACGCAUUCUGAGCCCUCCCCAGAAAGUAUCGCUAUGACAGAAUAUACAAUCGACCUUGGCGGAGGACAUAGCGUGCGACUGCGCGGUCCAAAUGCAGAUCUACAAGCUCUUGUUACUCACGCUUGGUUGCGUACACAGUCAAGUCUCGAAGGCUAUCUUGAAGCAGCGGCUAAGUUGAUGGUAUACAUGUCUGCUGCACUGGGAGGAAACAUGACACAGGCUGGAGCGAUUGUGCUCAUUGGAUUGCUACUUACUAGUGCAGCUUUGCUAGGAUUGAGUAAUGCGCAUGCACGGGGCUUUCGUAUGCAUGGUCGUUAUGCGAUGCCUCAGCGAACGAAGAUGAGUGCCGUGGAGGUUCGAAGUAACACAAGUAGUACCUCAACAGGAGGCACGCACAACGAAUUGGUUUAGUAACUCGAGUAGAAACAAUAAAAGAUCGAGUCAUCAAAAAAA